GGAAAAUAUAUCCAUAUAUUGAUCUACAAUCAAUAAUUUGAUAGGUCUAUGAUACUAGCACAGAUUACUAGUUAGUUUGUGAUACUAGUUUAUCUAUGGUCCAGACAAUUAGGUUAAGUUAUUGUUGCCGAAUCUAAACGUUCUUUAGAAAAACAUGAAUUUUCUAAGGUUCUUGUUUCAAAGAAACGGAAUUAUAUAGUUUUCAAAGCACAUUCACUUCUCGUAAGGUGAAUCAUUCAAUUUCCAAGCUUUUCUUCUUCUGCAAAAUUUGAAAAUGAUGGACAUACAAGAAGAUAUAAUAUCAAUAAAAGAAAAAAUCAUCAAGACUGAUAAUAUUCUUCAUAAGUUUGUUGAUGUCAAAGCAAAGUACGAUAUAUUAAUGAAGAAAUAUAAAUGGUCAGUAAAAGAAUUAGAUACGCUGAAACUUGAGCAUGAUGCCAAAAUUUAUCUAAAUGAAAUGUUGUCUAGGGAAAUUGAACAACUCAAAACAAAUAAUUCAAAACUGUCAGGCGAUUACAAUUCUCUAAAAUCAUCACAUGAUUAUGAUUUGGACCAAUUAGUCAACUUACAAAUUAAAUACCAGUCAACUUGUAAAGGUAAUUGCGAAAAUUUUAAAGAAAAAUUAGAACCAUUAGAAUCUGAAGAAAAAAGAGUGAAGAAGAGAAAAUCAAGGAAAUAUGACUUCGUAGAUCACUUUGCUGAUGAAAAUGUUAAACCGACUAAUUCAACAGAAAUUGAAUCUGAUCGAAAUGAAAAAAUGGUAACUAAUUCCACAGAUAGUAGAAGUAAUUCAAUAAAAAUUGAAAUUUUAGCAGAUGAAAAUGCUGCAGAACAAUCUGACUCAAACAAUUUCGAAGUUAAAUUGGAGGAAGAUUUAUUUAAUGAGGUAAAUAAGAACUUGUUGUCAGAAUUGAAAAAGGCCCAAGAAGAAAAAACCAUUUGUAUAGAAACUUCAAGAGCAAAAGAACUAAGUAUGUAUAGGGAAUGGCAAGAAAAGGAAACUACAUGGAAAAAAAACAUCAAAGAUUUGGAAGAAAAUAUAGAACAAGAAAAAAAAAGUAUAAAUAAACAUUGGCAAGGAAAGGAAAUACAAAUGAAGAAAAAAUUGGAAAAAAUGGAACAAAAAUUAAAAAAACAAAUGGAAGAUAUAAAGGAAAGAAUACAAAAGGAAAAGUCAAUUCUUACCAGCAAUUUCGAAAGCAAAAUCUACGAUAUGAAAACAGAAUGGAAAAAAAAAGAAGAAGAAUUAAACAAGGAAAUAGUUCGAUUAAAGGAGAAAAUUCAAAGAGAAAAAUCAAUUUCUGAAAAUUUCAAACAGAAUGAAAAAGAUAUCACAUUAAGGUGGCGAGAAGAAGAGCAAAGAUGGAAAAUAAAAAUUUCAAAUUUGGAAAAAAAACUUCUUUCCUUAGAAAAAAAUGAUAAGCAAGUACAAAAUAGGGUUUUGAAUCAUGAACAUAAUAAUGUAAAUGAAUCCCACGAUAAUGUAAUUAUUUCCUCAUUUGAAAAUUGUGAGCUUAAUAAUUCUGAAAAUUCUAUACAAUUGUCAAAUUUACAGCAGGAUGAAAUAUCAGAUAAAGAGCAUACUGAAGAUGAAAGUGAUGAUAUUUUCAAUAUGAUGAGAGGAUUAAGGCUAGCUAUGAUUUCUCCAAUUCCUGAAUUAUCAAUGGAACAUGAACAUUUGACAAAUGAAGACGAAACUGUACUACCAGAACAUCAACAAAAUGGUACCGUAUUCAAAAACACAAAUGAACAGGAGCAGCAAUCAUCAGAAAUACUUGAUAGAUCUGAUUGGAGGGAUAGAUAUCAAGCAAACAGAAAAAAGAAACGGGUAAAAUACCAAAAAUUGUCUGUGAUAAAAAAAGCCAAACAAAAAUUCUGGUUACAACUCAGCCAAGCUUUUACUUCAAAUGUAAAGAUAAAAUCUCAACCAAUAAGACAGAAAGAAAAUAUGCAUGUAAGAAAGAACAGUCCAUUGAUAAACUUAUCAGAAUCAUCUGCUGGAAGUAGCAAUACUUUAAUAAAUGGUAUUGCUGAUUUGAUGAGUAAAAAAUUACAUCCUUCAAAAGCUCGAACAAGAAGUACUAAAGACAUGAAUAUCCUCGAAGUAAACAAAAUGCUACUAGAGAAAGCAAAGCAAGAAAAUGAAACCAAAAGUCUCUACAAAAAAGAAAGUUUGCACAAGGAUUUGGAACUUUCUUCUGAUGAUGAAGAUGAUUCAGCUUUAAGGCAGGAUAAAGGUUCAGCCAACCUUAAAGAACAAGACUCAAGCAAUGCGGGAAAUGCAUCUUUUAGAAGCCCUUAUGAUAGCCACAUCUCUGGAAUUGAUACACCCACAUUUGUCGAUUCUUGUUAUGAAAGUAUAUCAAAUCCUCUGAGUAUUGAAUCUUCAGUGAUUGAUAACUUGUGUGAGGAUAAUAAAGGAAAUAAUCAAUUGGAACAAGAAGAUAACAUGAUAUCUGAAAUGAAAGAAUCUGUUGAAACAGAUAGGUUUAAAGCCAAGGUCAAUCAGUGUACAUCUUUGAAGCUUGCCCAUAAACAUUCACAAGAUAUCCAAGUAGAAAAUAUUGAAAAACUGAUUGUAGACAAAGAUAAGACAGAGGAAUUAAUUAAAAAAAUAAAUACUCCAGAAAAAGUUCAGUCAUGCGAAAAUCAGAUGUCAACUAAUAAUUUUGAAAUAGAAUAUAAUGUCAACAAUUUGGAAACUACCCAAACUGAAAAUAUUAAACUUGAGUUGAAGAAAGAGUUCAAUAGUUUACCACAGGAUGAAGAAAAAGACAUAAAUCUAUUCAAAUCAUCAAACUUCACCUUGGAUGAAUUUAAUGAGAAAUCUGAAAUAUUGGAACGAUCAAAUGAGAAGUUGGAUAAUUCUCCGAAAUUAUCUGGAGGGAAUGAUGAGAUAAAAGAAUUUUAUCAAGAACAAACAGAGGAAUGUAUCAUGGAAGAAAAUGGAAAUAACAAUUCAAAAGAAUUGAAUAAUAUGUUAGAUGUAAACUGUGAUCAAGAUAAUAUUGCUGAAAAAGGAACAGAAAAAAAUGCCGAUUCUGAGAUUGUACAUUCAGAAAAUCAAACCAAAGAAGAGCAACUAGAUCACGAAAAAGUCAAAAAUGAAGAUUUGAAAAUUGAGUAUGAUAAAAAUAGUAAUAAUUUCACCGAAUACCAGGAAAUAUUUGAAAUGAUCAAGGAAGAAAGUUUUGAAAAUUUGAAUUUGAAUAAAAAUCAAGUAAUGAAAUGCUAUUCAGGUAACGUCAAUAAAAAUAAGUAUAUUGAUAGAAAUAUUUGCCAAGAGAAUGAAAAUAACUUUAAUUCAAAAAUAUACAAGGAAGAGAAAUUUGAGUACAAAGCACCAACACUUUUUUCAAAUGACAGCAGCAUUCAAUUGAAAGAAGAACAAGAAAACAAUAGUACUGGAUAUAAUUCCGAUACAGAAGAAGAAAGCUCAUGUGAAUCAAACGAUGACUCAAUUACAGAAAGUGAUAUUUUCAAUCAAAGUUUGCUUUCACCAAAUUCUUCAGAAGAGGAAGAAGAUAUAAUGGAAAUUUGUAAUGAAAUCAUGAAUGGUAAUUUGAAUUCACAAUCUAAAGAAAAUACUUUAACGAAUAUGAAACAUUAUCCAACACCGAUCAACCAUCCAACUACAUCUUCUGCUGCUCACAGCAUUGCCACUGGAUUCAAGAACCUUCUUGCCAUUGCUGCUGCUACAGAUAUUGGAUUCAAGGAAGCUGCAACCAUCAAGGAAUACCUCAAAGAUCUUAACGAGUUCUUAACUGUUGACGCCACUGCAGAUACAUAUACCCUAAUAACUUCAGAGGAAAGAAUUGAAUCAGAUUUUUUUCCAAAUUUAUUUGAUAGCGAAACAGAAUCAUUAUGUUCAAUGAGCUUUGAAAAUGACGAUUAUUUGGAGGAUGGAAGAGAAAAAUCUGUAAAAUAUAGAGUUCUUGAUGAACCAGUGAAAGAAGAAAAAAACAGGUCGAAUGUACGUAUAUGGUCUAUGUUUUCGAAGAAUAAUCGUGAGGAAUUAAGAAUGUCUAAAUCCUUUUGUCAUGAAGAUGAAUAUAACAAAUCAUCUGUCGCAAUCAUAGAUAAUGUUUGCAAUAAGGUUAGGGAUACUACAGCUGACAAAACAAAAGAAAAAUCCAUUCUUGGUGCUGGAAACCUAAUUUCUGAAAAAUCAGACGAUAAGAAGAAUGAUGUUCCAAUUACUUCAAAAGACACAAUUUGUUUUGAAUCCAAACCAUAUGAUGAUAAUGCUAAAUGCUUUAACAUUAUUAAAAAUUCAAGUGAUAAUAUCAAAGAAAAAAAAACAGAACUAACUUUUAACAACAAAAAAUUAGAUGAUAAAAUUAGUUCUGAAUCUGAACCUAAUGAUGAAAAUAAGAAAUACAUUAACAUUUUAAAAAAUUCCAACGAAGAAAGAAAAACUGAGCUGACUUGUACAGAAAAAAAACCAGAGGAUACAGUUCUUGUUGAAUCUGAACGUUUUGAAGAAAAUGCAAAAUGUAUUAACAUAGUUAAAAAUGAAGAUGAUAUCACAGAACUGCCUUCUACAAAAAAUAAAUCAGAAUAUACAAUCAGUUCUGAAUCUGAAUCUUAUGAUGAAAAUGUGAAAUGUAUCAACAUUGUUGCAAAUGCAUAUGGAAAUAUCACAGGAAAAAAAUCAGACUUGAGUUCUACAAAAAAGAAAUUGGAAGAUACAAUAUAUUUUGAAUCUAAACCUAAUGAUGAAAAUGCAAAAUGUAUUAACAUAGUUAAAAAUAAAGAUGAUAUCACAGAACUGCCUUCUACAAAAAAUAAAUCAGAAGAUACAAUUAGUUCUGAAUCUGAAUCUUAUGAUGAAAAUGUAAAAUGUAUCAACAUUGUUGCAAAUGCAUAUGGCAAUAUCACAGGAAAAAAAUCAGACUUGAGUUCUACAAAAAAGAAAUCGGAAGAUACAAUAUAUUUUGAAUCUAAACCUAAUGAUAAAAAUGCAAAAUGUAUUGUCAAAAAUUCAAAUGAUAAUAUCACAGAAAAAAAAACAGAACUGACUUUUAGCAACAAAAAAUUAGAUGAUGAAAUUAGUUCUGAAUCUGAACCUAAUGAUGAAAAUGAGAAAUACAUUAACAUUUUAAAAAAUUCCAAUGAAGAAAGAAAAACUGAGCUGACUUGUACAGAAAAAAAACCAGAGGAUACAGUUCUUGUUGAAUGUGAACCUUUUGAAGAAAAUGCAAAAUGUAUUAACAUAGUUAAAAAUGAAGAUGAUAUCACAGAACUGCCUUCUACAAAAAAUAAAUCAGAAGAUACAAUCAGUUCUGAAUCUGAAUCUUAUGAUGAAAAUGUAAAAUGUAUCAACAUUGUUGCAAAUGCAUAUGGCAAUAUCACAGGAAAAAAAUCAGACCUGAGUUCUACGAAAAAGAAAUCGGAAGAUACAAUAUAUUUUGAAUCUAAACCUAAUGAUGAAAAUGCAAAAUGUAUUGUAAAAAAUUCAAAUGAUAAUAUCACAGCAAAAGAAACAGAACUGAUCCCUACAGAGAAAACAACAGAAAAUACAAUUGGUUUUGAAUCUGAACCUUUCGAUGAAAGUGCAAAAUGCAUCAACAUCGUUGAGAAUUUAAAUGGUAAUAUCACAGGAAAAAAAACAGAACAGAGUUCUACAGAAAAGAAAUCAGAGGAUACAAUAGAUUUUGAAUAUAAACCUGAGGCAUAUGCAAAUUGUAUUAACAUUGUUAAAAAUUCAAAUGAUAUCACAGAACUGACUUCUUCAGAAAAUAAAUUACAAGAUGUAAAUGAACAUAAUCCAUCAAUUCUAGAAAAUUUGAGUCCUCUAAAUAAUACCAUGGAAUGUUCUUAUAAGUCUGAGCAGAAGUUUUCCCAAAAUACAUGUAAUCUCUUAAAUUUAGAGGUUCCUUCUAAACCUCAAAAAAGAAAAAGGGGUCAAAAAAGUGCACUGAUGACUAAAUCCAUAAGAGUGUAUAAUCUUAGGAAUUCUGCAACCAGAGUAAAUAGAAAUAAUGAAAUGAAAGCAAAUAAUUCUUCGCAAAGUAAAACCAAUGAUGCAACUUUUGAAGAAAAUUCAAGUAAUUCAACAAAUAGUCCUAGCAAGGCUAAACGAAGGAAGCUUUCUCCCCUUUUGAGGGAGACAAGAACUCUUUCCAAGAAUUCAGUAGGAGGAAAACUCUCAGAACAAGAUAUUUUCGGAAGUCCUUUGUCACCAUGCAUUUCCGAUGAUGAAUCUCCUUUACAAAUAGAGAAUUUGAAUUCUUUCAUACCAAGUACAAGUACACCAGUAGAAAAAAGAACAAAAAGGAAAAGAAGCACACAGUCACCUUCUAAAAUUGAGAAUUUUUCAAAACCAUGCACAAGUCCCAUAGUAGAAAAUGAAAUAAAAAGGAGAAGUAGCACCAUUUCACCUUCAAAAAUGCAGAUUUUGAAUUUUUCAAUACCAAGUACUAGUCCAUCAGUAGGAAAUAAAUCAAAAAGAAGAAGGAGCACACAAUCGCCUUCAAAAGUGGAGAUUUUUAAUUUUUCAAUACCAAGUACUAGUCCAUCAGAAGGAAAUAAAUCAAAAAGAAGAAGGAGCACACAAUCACCUUCAAAAAUGGAGAUUUUGAAUUUUUCAAUACCAAGUACUAGUCCAUUAGAAGAAAAUAAAUCAAAAAGAAGAAGGAGCACACAAUCACCUUCAAAAGUAGAAAAUUCAAAUUUAUGGAAACCAAGCACAAGUCUACCAGAAGAAAAAAAAUCAAAAAGGAGAAGGAACCCACAAUCACCUUCAAAUUUAGAAAAUUCAAAUAUCAUUAAUCGAAGUAAAAGUACACCAGUAAAAAAACAAGUGAAAAUGAGAAAAAGCAUCAAUUCUAGUAAUAAUUUAGAAUCUUCAAUUCUGAUGAAUCAACAUACCAAAAAUUCUGAAAGUCCUGCAGUCACUUCCAAUCUGAUUAACAAUGUGAAUCAAAAUUCUAGUCAAAAUGAAGUUGUUCCGUGUACAAAAAAUAAGGCAAAAAUCAAGAUAAUACAAGAUAUUAUUUUGAAAUCAAAAAGUAAUGAACAAAAACUAGGUGGAUUCAAGAGGCCUAUGAGAACAAAAAUCCUUCCGGCUUGUCCACAAUCACCACCCCUACCUAAAGAAGACACUACUGGCAACCACCAACCAAUCAUCAUACCCUUAGAUAAGCCAGAAAAAUUAGAUCCAAGUAAGGCUGCAUCGCUUUUCAGACAACUUAUAACUUAUUCCACUGAAGAGAAAACGACAGAAGAGGUAGCAAGACAUUUCUGUAAUCAAGAAGCAGAUUAUAUUUCUAGGUUAAUUAUGCAGCAAAUCAUUCAGGACAAAGAAAAAGCAGAUGCAGUAGUUACACAUGCCCCACUUAUGACUCAUACUCAACGAGUAAUGUUAGGAUUUAUGUUAAAACUGGAAAAAAUGAAUGUUUAUAACCUUAUUUCCACUUACCUGAAGGUGUCUGAAUUUUACUUGAUCCGAACAACUGAGCUAGAAACAAUUGAAUCUUUAACAAGGAUGAAUGUUGCAAUAUGCAAGUCACACGGCUAUAUCGAAAGGAUGCGCAAAUUUUGUUUAGAAGCUUUCUAUUUCAUGGGUGAUCUUGCUAUUCCUUUCUUAUUUAUAGUAUUGACUUCUUGGAUAGAAGUGCUGCCUCCUGCAAAAGAUUCUAAAGAUUUUCCAUUAGUUAAGGUUUUGGUGCAGUUGAUUAAUUUGAAAACAUGUAACAUACCAGGUUACAACCUGUUAUCUCUUAGGGAUCUUCUAAAUAAAUUUUACGAGUAUCCUAGAGAACCUUGGAACUCAGACAACUUCUUCAAGGAAAUCUUCACGAAUUAUUUAAAAAAGCCCGAAGCACCUGCAGAUUUUACAAUUUUACUUUACACUAAAAAUUGUGAGUGUAAGUGGGUAUGUCAAAAAAUCAAUGAUUUGAUCAAGCCUAUUCUGGAAAAAGUGAAAAAUGUAAAUUUCAAGGCGACAAUAAUUGUUCUUAUUGGUCAUAUAAUGAAUCCGUUUAUUGGGAAAUCACAUUCUGAACAUGUUGAAUCCAUAAGAAAAUGGUUGAAAGAACAGGUUUCAGAUGAAACUCCGGAAAUUGUAAGGAAGAGUAUAGUGUAUUCUCUCAAGAAAUUUCCAAAAGCAAACAAAAAAGUAGUUAAUAAGAAUGAAAAAAAAGAUAUUGUACAAACUGUAAAUAUGUGAAUUUGUUAAUAUGUAUAUCCUUAUUUUGUUGUUUUUAUAAAUGAAUAAAAAUUUUUUUAUGGAUA